AUGUCGACACAAGAAAGUAAGAAAAAAUCAUCAUCAUCAUCAACAUCAUCGUCGUCUCCGAAACGUUCCAAAAAAGAACAUAACAAUGAAAAGGAUGCUGAUGAUGUUCCAACUGAAGAGGUUCAUACGGCGAAUGAUUGGGAAAAUGCUGAUCUUGGUGAUGAUCAACGAAAACAAAAAUUUCUUCGUUUAAUGGGUGCAAAGAAACAUAAAGAUGAAACUCCAGUCAAUAGACAAGAUUCACAUGGUAGCAAUCAUAAUGAUGAUGUUUCAACUGAAAAAAAACAUUCUCGCUCAAAAGUUGAAAAUGAAACAAUUGAACGUGAAUUAGAAAAACAAUUUAAGGAAGGUUUACAAUCAAAAAUUGCACAUACACAUCAUGAAGGUCUUGGUUUUCAUGGUGAUAAUAGUGGUAGUGCAUCAAGUAGUUCAGGUGAUUGGCAUCAUCAAUCAGCAAAAGCAAAAUUUGUACCAGCUAAAACAGAUGUUGGAUCAUCAAUGGAACAUGUUGAAAUAGAUAGCAAUAAAGAAGAAGAAGAACAAGAAGAAGAAGAAGAAGAAAAAGAUAAAUCAAAUAAUGAUAAACAAAAUAAAUCAAGUGAAAAACAAGAAAAAAAGAAAAAUUCGAAAUCAUAA